AUGCCGGGGCCAGGGGCGCACCUGCUGUACGCUCUGACGGGCGGUGCGGUGCUGUCUCGGCUCGCCGGCCCGGACCGCCGCUUCGGGCCGCACCACUGCGCCGUCUACGCAGCGAACGCGUUCCUCGGCCCGGACCUCGGCUCCUUCGCCGAGUGGCUCUGCUCUUUCCUCCCCUCGGCCUCCGCCGCGGGGGACCUCGCUAUGGCCGCCGUGCACCACCCCUUCUACUACCCGCUCCUCCUCGGCCUCCCGCUCGCCUGGGCCUACGCCUGGCUCUCCCACCGGCUGCUUCGCGCCGGCGUCCUCGACUCCCCCUCCGGGGUACCAUUAAGAAAGAGGCAGUGUUUCUUGCUGAUCUCUGCCGGCUCGCUCUCUCACUUUUUCUUGGAUCACUUGUUUGAGGAGAAUGGACAUUCUACAAUGUACACUUGGAUAGUGAGCACUGGUUGGUGGAAAGGUCGUGCUCCUAUCAAUCCAGAUGCAGUGCUCGUCGUAGGACUUCUUUGCACUUGUCUCAUGGGGGGAUUUGUGUACAUCAACAGGUGA